AUGUUUUCAGGGCAAAGGCGUUGCCUUGAGGCUCUGGCCGUCGCCAUCAGAAACACCUCCGACAAAGGAGUUUGGUUCGCUUCAACGAGGACCUUGAAAACGGUUUGCCUGGACAUUUACUUGUCUUGCCGGAAUCGAGCCACUGCUCGGGCGUGCCACGUGGAGGUCACCGUCGACACACCGCGCCGCUUAUGGCUGCGUGGAGAGGAAGACGCUCUUUCGCUGAACAGCAACGGUCCGCCUUCUCGCAUUCCGCCGCCCGCAGUGCGCGUAGUAUCGCUUGAAGAGUACCCUGCGCAGGUUCUAGCUCGUGCACCAAAGGAAGAGAGGCCAACUACAACGCUCGAUGCGAGUGGGCUGCCGGCGGACGUCGGCCAGGUGGCGUUGGAUGAGCCGAAGCAGAGCCGAGAGUGGUGGCCAGAUUCCGUGGAGGAGCUGAGGUUCGGGAGUCGAUUCAACCAUCCACUUGAUUCUUCUAUCGAAUGGCCCGCCUUGGUCACGCACCUCUCGUUUGACCACCACUUCGAUCAGGUCAUCGACGAAGUUUGUUGGCCGCCUCGGUUGCAGGAGCUCACCUUUCGGCAUGCUUUCAGACGACCGUUGACCAGGGUUGUGUGGCCUUCGUCUCUCCGGAGGCUGAGCUUGGUCGGCUUCUACAACCAGCCGAUAGCGGAGGUCGAGUGGCCAUCCUCCUUGGAGGAGCUACGGUUCGGGGAAAGGUUCAACCACCAGAUUCAGAGCGUUGCUUGGCCGGCGUAUCUGGUACGACUGAGCUUUGCGGGCUUGUUCGACCAACCAAUCCAUGAGGUAUAUUUCCCCGAGUCGCUGCGAGAGCUGAGGUUAGGGCACAUGUUCAACCAGGCCAUAGACGAAGUUCGUUGGCCUCCUCGGUUACAGAAGCUGACCUUGAGCGAGAAGUUCAACGGAGAGAUCGGCGGCGUGACUUUCCCCGAUUCGCUACAGGAGCUCCACUUCGGGUUUUACUUCAACCAACCCCUGAAAAAAGUCAAGCUGCCGGAGUGCCUGGAGACAUUGAGGUUUGGCAACAACUUCAACCAGUCGCUAGCCGAAGUGUCUUGGCCGCACGCGCUACGGGACCUAAGCUUUGGGCACAAAUUCAACCAAGUCAUCGAAGAAGUUCGUUGGCCGCCCUCGCUGCAGGACCUAGCGUUUGGUUUGUCCUUUAACCAGCCUAUUGGCAAGAUCGAGUGGCCAUCCUCGUUGAGGUCGCUGAGGUUCGGACAAUCCUUCAACCAUCCGGUAGCAGAAAUAGCGUGGCCAUCUUGUUGA